AUGAGUCUGGAAAAACAACAGCAGAAUACCUUGGAGGAAGACGACGAGUUCGAAGACUUCCCAGUCGAUACAUGGGCAGACUCUGAAACUGUGAAAGAGGCUCCAGACGUGCCCACAAACCUUUGGAAAGAAGACUGGGACGAUGUCGAGGUGGAUGACGACUUUACCAAAGAGCUCAAAGCGGAAUUGGAAAAGCACAAACAGUGA